UAAAACAUUACAUUAGGAUAAAAAAACAUACGAUGGUUACAAUCCUGAUAGACCGUUAAUACGUGUACCCGUUAAGUUAUUAAGUAACAAAUAGCUAGAACUGCGGCCGCUAAAAAUUAAGCAGGUUCCUAGGUAGAAACCCGUUAAAACGGUCGCUCUGAUAGCAGCUUUUGGCUAAUUUUAGGCUAAUUUUAACGAGUAUCGCGCAUAUUCCUAGCUGGAAACCCGUUAAUAUUUCUACCAGGAUAUAAUGUAUUAUUUUUUUCCAGGUGCUGUAGCGAAUAUCGCCGUAUGAACCUUAUUCUUGCGUAUAUUAUACUUAUAAUCAAGAAAUCAAAACUUAAAAUAUGUAUAUUAAAAACAAAGUCAUUAUAAUUACUGGCGGUCUUGGAGGAUUAGCGACGGCUACGACACAAGUUUUACUAAAACACGAACCUAGAUACAUAGCUCUCUUUGAUACAGAAGAAAAGAACAGCUAUGCUGAACUUCAAUUAAAAAAGUUCGAGCAAGAAUUUGGAGAAGGUCGAGUCGGCUUUUAUGCAAGCGACGUGAGGAAUCAACAUCAGUUCGAAGAAAAAUACGACCAAGUUUUGAAAUCUCACAAAUCGGUCGAUAUUCUAAUCAACCUCGCAGGAAUUUUAUGCGAUGCAGACACAGAGUUAACAAUCGAUGUUAAUUUCAAAGGUUUAGUUUUCUGCACUCUAACGGCCAUCGAUAAAAUGGGAAUCCAUCGGGGCGGUAGAGGUGGAACGAUUAUUAAUGUAAGUUCUAUUGUUGGAUUGAUGUUUCACGAAGAUUUUCCGGUUUAUGUGGCAACUAAACAUGCUGUUGUGGCAUUCACGAAUUCUUUAAAGUCUCAUUAUGCAAAAACUGGAGUUCGUGCGAUGACUAUGUGUCCAGGACUGACAAGUACAUCUAUGAUUAGAACAGACAUCGCCAAGCCUCUUUAUUUCGUUGGUAAUUCAAGUAGUGCUUUGACUAACAGUCCCUCGCAAUCACCAAAAACUGUUGGUUUGGCCAUAGCGGAGAUGAUCGAAAAAGGAGAAAGCGGUGCUGUUUGGGUCUCAGAAGAAAACAAUCCGCCGUAUGCCGUUAGAGAUUUAGAACUUUAUAAAGAUAGGGCUGUUCCAAUUCCAUGAAUUCGCGUGAAACCAUUAUAAAUAUACAUAUACCUAUAAUUUAUAUUAUAUGGCUUAUGCGACAGCCGACUGAUAACAUGUAUGACGAGUGAGACUUAUUCGUCUCCUGUGCAAUAUUUUUGUUUAUUUAUUUAAUAUGGCUUGAGGAGGUCCCCACUAAGGACGAAACGUUGCCGGUUAUUUUUAUAU